CACACAACACUGUGCAUGACAAGCAAAAAAAAAAUUUCUUUAAUUCAUUCGACUUGAAUUUGGAUUUUAAUUUUUUUAAAUUAUAAAUUGUUUCGUUUUUGAAAUUUUUUUGAAAACAUUUCAUGAUGGCACGACCAUUCUUUUUCGGUGGUAAUCAAUCAUCACAACAAAGUCAGUAUCUGGUUCAGAUGAAAGCUGGUAAAAUGGUUAAAAAUGGUAAUAUGGUAAGCCCAAUUAAAGAUCGUAAAGGAUUGCUUUAUUUGCAUCAAAAUGCUGAAGAUAAUUUGAUGCAUUUUUGUUGGAAAGAUCGUACAUCUGGCCAGUUGGAAGAUGAUCUCAUUAUGUUUCCGGAUGAUGCUGAAUUUCUUAAAGUACCACAAUGUACUACUGGCCGUGUAUUUGUAUUGAAAUUCAAAACAUCAUCACGACGGUUAUUUUUCUGGUCACAAGAACCAAAAGAUGAUAAAGAUGAUGAAACUGUCUCGAAAAUUAAUGAAUACAUCAAUAAUCCAAUGGCCGCAACAAAUGCAAAUCGUAAUAGCAGCUCUGGUGUAGGUGGUGGUUCCGCUGGCCACGGUCUAAUGUCUGCAAAUGAUUUAGGCCUUGGAUCGGAUGAAGAAUUUCGUAAUCUAUUUAGCAAUGCUAACAUGUCUGCACAGCAAUUAAUGUCAAUGUUGGAUGCCGGUUUAGCAGUUGGACCACAUGGCGGUUCAAGUCGUUUAGCUAGCCUUUUAGGUUCUGUACAGAAUGCAUCGAAUAAUAGCGGUAGUACAACACGUAGUGGAACCAAUUCCAAUGGAUCAUCAUCAACAAUAGCACCGGCUCCACCGACACAAACACCAAAUACAACACCUGCAUUGGCUAGUUCAGAAACAUCAAAUACAACAACCGGUGGUAAUAAUUCACCAGCCGCCACUACUACAACUGGACUUAAAUUAUCGGAUUUACAAAAUAUUAUUUCCGGUCUCUCAACAACUGGUGAUAUGAAUCAAUCAGAUAAUGAUUUGAAUGUUGAUUUAUCAACAUCGAUUAAUGUUGAAGUUUUACGUCCAUUAUUAUCGAAUGAUGAUUUUAUGAAACGUAUUGGUGAUAUGUUACCACAACAACAAUCUACUGCUUUGGAUUCAUCUUCAUCAUCAUCGGCAACAACAACAGCAACUAAACCAUUAUCUGAACAAUUUCUAUCGACUGUACAAUCACCACAAUUUCAACAGGCAUUGAAUUCAUUUAGCCAUGCAUUACAAUCUGGACAAUUAGGACCAUUGGUACAACAAUUUGGUCUACCUGAAUCAUGUGUUGUUGCCGCUAACAAAGGAAAUUUCGAAGCAUUCGUCAAAGCUUUACAACAAGUAAACAAAAAUGAUGAUGAUUCUUCAAAGGACAACAACAAGAAAAAAGACGAUGGCGGUAAUGCUGGUGGUAAAAAAGAUGAUAAAAAAUUUGAUGAUGAUUCAAUGGCAUUGGAUUGAAUACUUAUCUUUCCUUCUCUUAAAGAGGGUUGAAGCGAGCGAAUUUUGGCUUUUUUCUUUUAUUUUAUUUUUAUCUGAAAUAAAAAUUGUUUAAAUAAAUGAAA